AAAUUAUGUUAAUAACCUAAACCUCACUCCAAGCAACUGUAGGCAUUUUAAAUUGCAUUAACAAUAUGAACACAUCAACCCUGCAAGCAAGGGAAGGGACAACACUCUUCUAAUGAAGGGGAAGGUUUUACACCAUGACUUGCACAAACAAAAAGUAAAAUAGCUGAGUCAGACCAAGCAAGGGUGUCCUUGUUUGAGGUGGGGAAACAUCUGAUUUGGUGUUGGUUAGACAUUUGUCAGAUAUCCCCUUAGGGAUAGUCGACAUUUAGUGUUCAAAGUCUCAUCUCCAUUGACAGUUGCCUCCAUUCGGCAGAUUCCUGGCAGCUCAUUGGCCGCUUCAGGAAUGCCACGUGACAAAGAUCUUCUUCGAAGGAAGGGCCUGGCGGCACAGUGAUGCCCACACUUCGUGGUUUUCGGUUGUGAGUGUCUCAUCUAACCGCAAAGCUGUGCACGAUGAUUGAACCCUUCUUGGGGACCUGGAAACUGGUCUCCAGUGAAAACUUCGAGAAUUACGUGAGGGAACUGGGAGUGGAAUGUGAACCCCGGAAAGUUGCAUGUUUAAUAAAGCCAAGUGUUAGCAUUAGUUUCAAUGGGGAAAGGAUGGACAUCCAAGCAGGAAGUGCAUGCAGGAACACGGAGAUCUCCUUCAAAUUGGGGGAAGAGUUUGAAGAGACCACUGCAGACAACCGGAAAGUGAAGAGCCUUAUAACUUUUGAAGGUGGGUCAAUGAUCCAGAUCCAAAGAUGGCUUGGCAAACAGACAACAAUUAAAAGAAGAAUUGUGGAUGGAAGAAUGGUAGUGGAGUGCACCAUGAACAAUGUUGUCAGCACUAGGACCUACGAAAGGGUGUAGCAGAUGGGUAGACGCCAGUAAGAACUUGGCCACCACAGAGAACUUGCUGCUGAAGAAACUCAGCUCCAGGGACAGUGAUUUAAAAUAUCACCAACAUAAGUUUUGCUCAAUAAAAGCACUAAUUGAAA